GUCGACGUCACUACCCUCGUUCUCCGAUUACUUAAGGCACUAAGCAUUGCUUAGUUCUAAAGACAGAAAGAAGGUCAAGCGUGUCAGUGCUUAGGCCUCAUUUAUAUGCCGUUGACACUCUGUGAGGAAGUAACACACACAAGAUGAUGCCUUCACGAGACGUCCCUAUUAUCUGGAUUUACUACACGUACUUGUUCGUAUUAGUUCUAGACUCUGCAGUCAUCCACGUCUCCGGUGCAGCAUGCUUCCAAAGUGUAAAGUCCGACGAAAUCCUAACUUCGGAAGGAUUCCCAUCCUCGUUCCCUCUCAAAGUAUGUCACUACGAGGUUAUGGUUGAACCACGUGACACCAAAGCUGUGUACAUCGUAGCCAUCUUUGAUACGUUCGAGAUCAACGACGGUGACACAGAGCAGAAACCACUCAAGAAAAUCAACAAGAUUCAGAUCCAUGAUGUUCUGGAUGAAAAUAUUGGAACAUACACAGAUUCUGUGCCUCGUGGUACCGUGGCGAAGAUUAACGAGGACAGGUCGAAGCCAUCACUUAAAAUCAUUUUCACGGCUAUUCACCAAACUGCAGGGUUAAAAAUAUUCAAGAUGCAUUUCCAGUUGAUGACGACCCAGGAUCUCGUUCCAAGGACAUCGUUUCAGGAUAUACGAGGGACCAUCGUUAGUCCUGGCUACCCCUUUAACUACCCCAACAGUUACCAAGAAAUCUACCGAGUUACUACCAAUAAUAGUAACGGUGUGCUGAAGUUUAACUUCGUGGAUAUAAGUUUAGGAGAGGGUACGACACUUGCGGUCUAUGAUGGCAACAAAAUAGCUUCGGAGAACUUGGUGUAUAGGUUCCCCGUGGACCACGAAGCAAGAACAAAUUGGAACUACUUUGUCUCAACCAACACAAUGACGUUACUGUUUCUAUCAGCGCCUGAGGAUACUGACAGGGGUUUCAACAUGACAUAUGUAGAAAAUUGUGAAUAUAAUGACAUUGAUACUCCUUGCGACGAGGUACCACAGCUCAAUUUUGUCAAGAAUUUGAUCAUCAUAGGCGCCGGAUGCGGAGGAGUUCUGCUACUCGUCUUUUUCAUUGGUCUCAUUUGCCUAUGUUCGAGAAAAUGUGACGAACGGAGACAGCGGAAUAUGCAGGGCAUGCAACGAUUCGAUUGAGGCGAAAAAGGAUGAUUACUGGAGAAUUAUUGGACGUAUCGUUUCUCAGGGUAGAUGUCUGGCCUGGUUUUGGACUUUCAAGAUGAACCGCCCCAUUGCAGGGCGACGAAAUGUUAAAGUUUGUGACAGCGGGUGUCAAAAGGUCGUUAACGUGGAUUCUACUGUUGUACUCAGCAGAUAGAAGAUACUGCUAUAUGUACCACCAGACUGUUAUCUGCAAUAGUCUGCGUCCUUUACAUACUUAUGCUAAUGAGCCAGGGACUAAGCAGGGCCGGUACCUUGUGGUCCUGGAGGGGGGGGGCACUAAUAGCAGAUCAACUGAUAAAUUGAUGUACAAUUAAGCCAUUAUGCAACAAAAAUGUAGAUUUUCACAUCUAAAACUGCACCAUCCUACUUCAACAUAUUGUUGUUGCUCGGACGGUACAUUUAGUUCGAUACAUUUAUGUAAACACUGUACAAAGUGUAGUUAUGCAAUAUCAUUGGUGAAAUGAUUAUCAGGGUGCUUUCUUUAUAUGAGAAGACGCAUUGUGUAGAAUA